AUGGACGGUCGUCCCUCCAAGAGACAACGCCGAUCCACCCAUGACGAUUCAUUAAGGGAACUAGAAGCACGGUCUCCUUCCCUCGACCUGUCAACUUCCAGCUCUAUCGCGCUGUCGUCACCCCCCAAGACCAAAAACUCUCAAACACGCGCGGGCAAAACCAAAGUCACCCAAGCUCCAUCGUCAUCAGUGUCGCCAAAGAAACCAACCUCAUCCCCUCAGACGAUCAAGUCCAAAUCCCUUCAUACCUUUUUCCAACCUGCAACGGAAGCGCAGCGAUGGUCCACCCAGAAAUUCGAGGCGAAGCGCCCACUCGCCCCCACCCCGGAGACGACCCUUGACGCCGAUGUAAUUGAAGACGACUACGAUUCUUAUGAUGAGAUAUUUACCCAACAUCUGACGGCGGGAGGAAAGACGGAUACGCAAAUUGACUCGCCUGUUGCCCACGGUCCCAGCAAAACACGACGAGCAGCGCCGAAGAAGACGACAGCCUCUCGGCCAAAGAGUCAUAUUUCAAAGCGUUUUGUGAUGCCACCGGAGUCAACAAAUGGGACGCAUCGCCAGUCGCCUACUCCAACUUCGUUGUUGGAAGUGGAUCGACGACCGUGGGCGCAGCGAUUCGGCCCAAUGAAUUUGGACGAGUUGGCGGUGCAUAAAAGGAAAGUGUCGGAUGUACAAAGAUGGUUGGAGGAUGCUUUUGCAGGGAGGCGGAAAGAGAGGUUACUCGUUUUGCGAGGCCCUGCAGGCAGCGGCAAGACCACCACUAUCACACUUCUUUCCGAAACCCUUGGCUUCGAUUUGAUUGAAUGGCGGAAUCCAUCAGUCUCUGAGUUUUCUGCGCAAGAAUACGUCUCCGUGAGCACUCACUUUGAGGAAUUCCUCGGUCGUGGCGAUCGGUUUGGAGGUCUAGACCUCGAGGACGCGGUGGAGUCCAAGGAUAGUCGUGAUGCAAAUCCUCGAAGUCAGCGCGUCCUUCUUAUCGAAGAGUUUCCAACAAUACUCAAUAGAAACUCCUCCAGUCUUGCUGCCUUUCGAGCGUCUUUACAGCGCUAUCUUGCCGCCUCUACUGAACAUUCCCUGGGUGGGUGGAUGCACCCGCCCAUUGUGAUGAUCGUUUCAGAAACGCUGCUCAGCUCGGCAUCAUCUGUCUCAGACAAUUUGACGGUGCAUCGGUUGCUCGGCCCUACUUUGUAUAAUCACAUUGGCACUACGAUUAUCGACUUCAAUAGUAUUGCACCAACAUAUAUGCAAAAGGCCCUGCGACUGGUGCUUGAAAAAGAGGCCCGGACCUCUCAGCGAUCCCGAGUCCCUGGAUCUGCGGUUCUGGAAAAGAUUGCCGAUAUUGGAGACAUUCGCAGUGCUCUCUCUGCACUUGAGUUCCUCUGUCUGAAAGGCGACAAGGCAGGGCAAUGGAGCGGAAAUCUCACAAAAGCCAAAAAGUCUCGGGGAGGAUCUACCCUGACACCGAUGGAGCAAGAGUCGCUCGAGAUGAUCUCCCAGCGAGAGGCAAGUCUCGGGAUGUUUCAUGCCGUGGGCAAAAUUGCCUAUAAUAAACGCUUAGAUCCUAGUCUAAUGCCCGGUGAUGUCCCAAUUCCGCUUUCACCACCAGAACAUCUCUCUUAUCACCGUCGUGUUAAAGUCUCACAGGUCGCAGUCAACGAGCUACUUGAUGAAACGGGCACUGACAUCUCCACAUUUAUCUCUGCUUUACAUGAGAAUUACCCGCAGUCCUGUGACGGCGGUUCCUUUGCGGAUAGUUUCAACGCGUGCAUUGAAGCGUUGUCCGACUGCGACAUUCUCAGCGCGGAUCGCAGGCCCUCACAUGGUGCAAGAACAGGCGUUGGAAUCGGCGCCACCCAUUUCAAUGGUGGAGUCGAUAUGCUCCGACAGGACGAGAUCAGCUUUCAGGUUGCGGCUCGUGGGCUUCUGUUCGCUCUACCGUACCCUGUUAACAGGAAAAUGGCAUCUGUGAAUGGACGAAACAAGCCGAGGGAUGCCUACCGGAUGUUUUACCCGGCUUCGUUACGAUUAUGGAGGAGAACAGAGGAGAUCGAGGGGUCUAGUCGACUCGUCGAUUCACGGCUUCUUGCCCGCGGGUCGGGUCCUACUGCCGAGUCUGCCGGUGUCAAGUCCUGGACAAAUCUUCGACUGGGAUACUCCAGAGCGGAGGAGAAUGACGAUCCCCUACAUUCGGCUGUGACUAUGAUGUCGCGACUAGAUGCUCUACUUCAUCACUUGCCCUACAUGGCUCAGAUUCGCCGCAAGGAACCUGAUGGGUGGCAUCUCAACCAAAUUACCAGUAUUCAAGACGGACGUCUGGAUGAGGACAUGGACGACGAUGACGAUGAACUCACACCGACAUUGUCCCGGCCCGAAGUUAAAGCCAACAUGAACGCAUUUGCGCCUCCGGUUCCUGCGUUAGAAGAAGAGAAACUGAUUCUCAGUGACGAUGAUAUUGUGGACGACUGA